UGGAGGAGUCCUCAUGCACGCGCCACUUCAGGAGGGGAGGUCAGCAAGCGUUUCCCUUUGGCUGGCCCCCUGGUUUUUUUUUUCUUCCUCUUCUUUAAAUCCCAACAUCGAUUUUGUUUUUUCCUUGGGAGCACUAGAGGACAAUCAGAAGAAUAUUAAGCAUAAUAUUAGGUGGAUGCACACACUCUGGAUGUGUUGAUUGAGCACGGACAGACUGCUGUCUUGGUGAGGGGGGGGGAAAGAAAGAAAAAAAAAGCUCUGUAGAAGAGGAGGGAUGGUGGAUAAUUCCAGUAGCAGCAAGGCGCAAACGCCUGUCUUAUCUCAGGAUAGUAGCCAGGCAGGAGCAUUCUCUCAGGCUGGUGUUAAACUCGAGGCAGUUAUGGAGCAACUCCAGAGGCAGCAACAAGCUAAACUGGACAUGGAGAGAAAAGAGCGACACCUGAGUGAAGCCCACAUCCUGUACGCUCAACAGCUUGCUGCACAACACGCCAUCAUGACUUCUGCCCGUGCCCAGGGAAUACCAAUAAAUCCAGAAUACUUCAGCAACAGCUCCAGAGAACAAGCGCUGAAGAGCAGCCAAGGGCCUCCGACCAGGGUUUCUACCCAAAGUAGUGUGGAAUCGGCGCAAGAUCGGGAGGACGAGGAGGAGAUGAACAGAGGACCAGCUUCUGCCGGAGAAGAGGAUGAAGAGGAGGAGAUGAUGGAUGGUGAGGACGGCAGUGAAGAUGACGAAGGCGAGGGGUUGGAGUUUCUCAGAAAGCAAAGCCUGGCUCUUCAGCAGCAGGGAGUGGGAAUUGCUCCAUACCCUUUCCCAGUCUAUGGUGCCUCUCCAUCAGCUGUGAAAAAGCGAGUCCGUUCGCCUCCACCAAAAGUGAAGGAUGAACCAGGGGACAGCCCAUCCCCUACUGAGCAGCAUUCGUUCAAUACACCAAAUGGCCUUGUCGACUGGAGUUUUGAUGACUCAAUCAAACAGAAUGGUAAUGCGAGUUGGAAUGAAGAAAGCGAUGGAGGGAGAGGAAGAGGAGAGGCCUCCAGAGACUUUGCCAAGCUUUAUGAACUGGACAGUGACCCUAACAGGAAGGAGUUUCUAGAUGACCUGUUCACCUUCAUGCAGAAAAGAGGCACCCCAGUGAACCGUAUCCCCAUCAUGGCCAAGCAGGUGCUAGACCUCUAUAAGCUCUAUAAACUUGUGACGGAGAAGGGCGGUCUCGUGGAGGUGAUCAAUAAGAAAAUCUGGAGAGAGAUCACCAAAGGUCUAAACCUGCCCACUUCAAUCACCAGUGCUGCCUUCACCCUCCGCACACAAUACAUGAAGUAUCUGUACCCCUAUGAAUGUGAGAAGAAAGGGCUCAGUUCUCCUGGAGAGCUGCAGGCCGCCAUCGACAGCAACCGCAGAGAAGGUCGUCGGCCCGGGUACAGUAACAGUCUGUACCGCUUCUCUCCUUCCCCCAGUGGUGGUGCCGCCCCUCACCUGCUCUCACCUCCCAAAAUGCACCUGCCCAACUCUGGACAUAACGGCUUGCAGAGCACACCAAAUCCAGCCCUUAAGAAGGGGACAGUUCCUGAAGAUGGUCCAGCCUCCAUGUUGCCUGGUAGAUUACCCCUGGCUUUGGCAUUAGGCCACCAACAACAGCUGGCACGGGCUGCCACCUUGGAACAGCUGCGCGAGAGGCUAGAGAUCGGCAUGGGUGCUCCAGCUGUGCCCACUGGAGCCUCUGCCAUAGAAGCGCCUGAGAGGAAGAUGGCUCGCCUGGCUGAGGAGCAGCAGAGGCUGCUGCAGCAGGCCUUUCAGCAAAACCUACUUGCAAUGGCAUCACAAGUGAACCCUACCAAUCUACGCCUCAACACUACCAAUACCCCCCGUGAGGAAAAGCAGGAUCUGUCUCUCAGUAUCUCCUCAAAUGGAUCAGCCAGUAUCACAGUGUCACUAGAGGUUAAUGGGAUUGUUUACUCAGGAUCCCUGUAUGCUCAGAAGUCCUCUGGAGUCCCAGCUACACCCACAGGCCAGAGCUCCACUGUCAAUCCCAGCAUCCCCUCCUCCUCUAAAGGUUCUGGCUCUACAGAGCCUGCUGCUAGUGGCUCUACCUAGCUCCCAGCAGCCACAUGGUUUCUCUCCUCUCCCUUAGGGAAGCUCACCCUACAGAGAGUCCAGUGGUCUACAAAGCCAAGUCUACCUCCUUUUUUGAGACAUCAGGUUCAGUCUGCUGAGAGUGAUCUCCACUUACGAAGAUUAGCUGUAAUUAUUCCACCCUCUUGCAGAUGACCUCUACCCUUUACCACUCUCUCAGGACUUGAAUGAUCAUGAGAAUGAUCUGAUCACAACAGAUACCUCAGAUGUUUUAAUGGUAAUGUCAUGAGCAUAUUUCUGUGCUCUAGCCAUUUGAUACCAAUGCAGUAUGCCUUCCUCUAUGCAUUUAUGCCCGGAGAGUCAUCCACCUGCAAACAAUCAUGGCACAAAAUAUUCUGCCAAAAUCAUACAGUGGGUGUUUGAUUGUUGGACAUUUUGCCAUCAGUACUAUUCUGCUGAAGUGUUUACCAUACUUAUGCACAUCAAUAGUGGAUUCCCAAACAUCCAGACUGGAUCAACUUCUUUCUUUCUUUCUGUUUCUGUUUGUUCUGUGGAUAAAUAAGUUUCCCGGGUUUUUUUUUUUCCCUCCCAUUUUGCUUUAUUGAAAAUGGAUCAUAUUUUCAGAUAUUUUUGUUAGC